AGCAGGACCUCUUCUUAAAUGACUGAGGUGGAUGGACCGAGAUAGAGGAGAGAGGCUUUCCCGGCCAAGUUGAGAAAACGCACCUUUUGUUGGAUUCACACCAUUCUGAUGUGGCUGGUGGUGGGAGGAGAGCCAUGGAUUACUACAGAAAAUACGCAGCUGUCAUUCUGGCCACAUUGUCUGUGUUUCUGCAUAUUCUCCAUUCCUUUCCUGAAGGAGAGUUUACAAUGCAAGGUUGCCCAGAAUGCAAGCUAAAGGAAAACAAAUACUUCUCCAAGUUGGGUGCCCCAAUUUUUCAAUGCAUGGGCUGCUGCUUCUCCAGAGCAUAUCCCACUCCAGCAAGGUCCAAGAAGACGAUGUUGGUCCCAAAGAACAUCACUUCAGAAGCCACAUGCUGUGUGGCCAAAGCAUUUACCAAGGCCACAGUGAUGGGAAAUGCCAAAGUGGAGAACCACACGGAGUGCCACUGCAGUACUUGUUAUUAUCACAAAUCUUAAAUGUUUUGCAAAAGAGCAUGUUGAUGACUGCUGAUUUCCUGGAGUGAAAAGUUAAUUUUUCAGUGUUUAUGGCCUUGUGAGAUAAAACCCCCUUUUUCCUUACCAUACUCCUUUUGGUGUGCUUCGGGUAUGUACUGCAGCUUUAUUGCCUUUCUCGUUUUCCGACAGUAUAAUCAGAAGUCUAGUUCUUUUCAUUUGGAGU